AUGUCUAAAACAGCCGCUGUUCUUCGCGGCCUGGUCUUGUUGCCUGUUGCCCUCGCCCAGCAAUUUCCACUUCGAACCACUUCGUACGAGCACUUUGGUUUGAUUGACGUUCUCGACGCCGAUGGAAUCGACGCAAUUUGCAAUGACGGUUGUAGAAAGUCAUUAGCAGAGUUGCGGGCUAAGAUUCAGAAUGAUUGUAACCCAAAGAUCGAUGUCUUCAAUCAUGGUUUAAUGAUAUAUCCUGCGACGUAUAUUGUAGACCGCUACAUUUACGUCUACGACAUUUCAUGCUACAAGAACAGAAAUCAGACAGAUGAUUCCCCGCGCGAAUGCGACGAUUGCAUUCUUGGCCCGAUGGAAAUUGAAGUCAACUCUCCUCUUGGUUACACCGAAUCACGGGCUGUUGAGUUUCAAUCCGGGAUCUCGAGCUGUGGCGCUAGAGGAUACACCUACACAAGUCCGUUGCCAUAUGCCAUCAGCUCAACGGCGGCCCCUCCGGACUUGUCCGCAUCCCCGACCAUAGGGGCUCAGACCCAGCGCAUGUCAGGAGAUUGUGCCACCACGUACCACGUCCAAGACGGCGAUACCUGCGACAGUAUUGCUAUUGCUCAGAGCGUCUCGAGUAGGGAUCUGGUAGAGGUGAAUGAACAUCUUGACAAUUGGUGCGGUGGUCUCGGCGCAGGACAAGAAUUGUGUCUGCCUGCGCAGUGUAAAUUGCACCUGCUGACAACCGAGGAUUCGUGCGAAUCCUUGUUAAGACAAUAUGGAGUCCCGCCCAAGGAUCUUUCGGAUUGGAACCAAAAACUCUACAUCCAAUGUGACGGGUUCAGUGAGAUCAACACAGGUUAUAUUUGCGUUGGGUAA